CGGUCAUGAACUUUGUGACCCCUUUCCGGUACGACCACUUGAAUGAGUGGAAAGGCAAUGGAGACCUCAGGCAGACGUCCGUUGAGUUUACGAUCGAUACUGCCGAGAAAAUUGUGUUCAACAUUGAGGCCCGACUUAAUGGCAUACCGGCCCGGAAUGAGAAGAACUUACCGAAAGGCGUUCCCCUGUCGGUCGAGGGACAGGUCGACUCCAUUAUCAAAGAAGCGACGGAUGUUAACAAUUUGGGGGUUAUGUACGUCGGGUGGACGGCAUACCUAUAGGACAAACACAGCGUAUUAUCUCGUAUUCAAUCAAAUUGUGUUCAAGUAUUUUGUAUUUAAUUAAUUUAUGUUUAAAUUAUUUUUCUAUGAAUUUCAAUAAUUUUUUAACCAUUUUGUAACCAUUUUUCUAUUCAGA